GCCUGGCGAGUCGGUCGGCCGUUAGUCGUCGGCAAAGACGCGCUGGCAACGCUUGUCGCAAACGAAAGUCGGGAAACGGCGUCAAUUGGGAACGUCAAUCGAUUUGGCAGAUUCACGCUGCUGAUGGGCAUGAAAGGGGAUGCUAACGGUUCGCGUAUAGUGCAAAUUGUUGCCGGCCAGCAAAUGCAAUAACGCUUGACUUAGUGGCGGCAGGAGGAACCGCAACUACAAAUCGCAUCAUUUGCCUUCGAGCAUCGCAAUCGUUUGGGUGUUUACAGUGCUGACAAAUUAAGCGAGCGAUAAUCGCGUGAGGGGAGCUGGCGAAACGAAAAUAAACGCGCUUCAUUCAAUUAGCUGGCGACAGCAACGGCAGUUACUUUUAAGAAUCUUAAAAGCAAAAAUUCUCAUAAAAUAAUUUAUUUCCCGGGCAGAGUACGAAUUUGUGCUGACCCAAAAGCCGCUAAGUGGGUCACUGGGUGCCGAAUAAGAAGUGAAUAAAAUAAUGAAAAGUGUUUGCAGUGACGAAACGAAAUGAACUUGAAACAUAAAAUAAAUUAAGUUACGUGCGGACAAGAACCAAGUGCAAUCAAAUCAGCUUUUGUAUUGCCAGGCAGCACUUCAACUUAGAAAAUAGAACAAAUAGUGCCAAUUGCCCAUUGCCAAUCGCCAAUAGCCAAUAGCCAAUUGACAAUUGCCAAUGACGUAGCCGCUGCCAAGGUGGCUGAUUAGCUCGCGAGCAGCAUGAAGGGCAUCUGCGGCGAUGCCAUGCAGCAGCUGAACCAAUGCAUGCUGCUGGCCGACUGUGACAAUGCAAUCGCUGAAAAUGGCAGUGCARAUGCAACAACAACAAUACCAGUUGCCAAUGGAAAUGGAAGUGGGAUUGGGAAUGCAAAUGAAAGUGGCAGAAGUGCAUCGCCUGCGCGUCGCGUUUUUCGCGCCCGUCAAGUGCACAGCUUGGCCAUACGGAAUACCAGCUCCUAUGACACCAUGGAGCGGCCCUUUCGACCCGACAAUCUGCGCGGUCGUUGGGCCAAAUCGGCCGAUUUCUACUUUGCCAGCUCAAGUUACGCCUUCAGCACGAUGGUCUUCUCGGAUGCCCCGGUCUGGGGUCUGUAUUUCGGUGGUUGGAAAUACUAUCUAAGUGCUUAUCUGCUGUCAGUUUGUUUUUAUUCACUGCCUAUAUUUCUAAUACAAACUUUUUUGGGACAAUUUUCCACAUCGGGCGCCAUUUCGGCAUUUCGUGUCUCGCCCAUAUUCAAGGGCAUUGGUUAUUCCAUUUUAUUGCUUAAUCUGGGCACACUCACUUACUAUAGCAUCAAUGCGGCUGUGCCAUUCAUCUAUGCCGUCAAUUCGCUGCGUAAAGUUUUGCCCUGGAUGAGCUGCAACAAUACGUGGAAUACGCCCGAGUGUUCCACGCACAAUGAAUAUAAUGAGGAUGCGCUGGUACAAAAGCCGCAUGCGAUUGUAGAAUUCUUUCACUCUGUGAUAGGUUCGAUUACAUCAGAUUCCAGCUCCUGGACCAUAUCGUGGCCUAUGGUGCUCGCCAUUAUGGGCAUCUGGUGCAUUGUGCUCGUGCUGCUGCUGAGCAACGUCUCAUUGAUUGGCAAGGCAUUGCGCUGUGCUGGGGUUGUAAUGUUCAGCUUCUUUGUGGCUGUCUUCGCUUACCUGGUGAUCCACGAGCAGGUUAACUGGCAGUCAUUCCUUGAGUAUCUGCAUCCCACAGUACCCAGCUGGAGUGCCAUCCAGGCCGGACUAGGCACGGCCAUAUUGCAGGCGAGCAUGGUGCUGGGUCCUGGCUGGGGCAGCAUCAUAACGCUCGGCAGUUACAAUAGCUUUCGCAGCGAUUCCGAACGCCUCAGCAUUUGGGUGUGCAUCACCCAUGUGCUCAUCACGAUGAUGGCCUUGAUCUGCGGGCAUGUGGCCAACGAUCAUUUUGAAUUGCAUGUGGCCAUGUGGCAUGUGGAGAAGAAGCAUACGAUACAGUUCCUUUACCUGGCCCAUGCGUAUCUUCUGGGCAGCUUUACAACAAUGCCGCGACUCUGGUCCUUCCUAUUCUUUACCAUCAUCUUUCUAGCCGAGCUGAGUGCAUUGAUCAUUCAAAUGAUGUCGGUUUUGACUGCCAUCUUUGAUGAGUUCGAGCAGCUGCGACCCAGAAAGAGAACCAUUACGAUAUUCCUGGUUCUGUGGCUGAUGCUCAUAUCCAUCUAUUUCUGCACCAGGUUGGGCUUUAGUCAAGUUAGCGCCCUGUCCUACAUGUCGUUAUUCACACAGAUCAUCAUCUCAGCCGUGUUAAUAGUAAUGGCUACUUGGAUUUAUGGACGCGUGCGCUUCCAAUGUGAUCUCCAAUUCAUGCUGGGGAAAACGAUCUCGAAUUUUAAGAUAACUUGCAUACGCUUCGUGGUGCCCUUUUUCCUUGGAGUCGCUCUGUGGCAGACUAUCUAUAUGAUGUCGGUGAACGGUGUCGAGGACACCUUGAUUUGGGUCAGUCAGAGUCUGAUAUAUCUGGUUGCCCUGGGCUACAUGGUCUACCGACUCUGCCAGACCAAUGGCAACUGGCGCAAACGGAUGCGGCAGUGCUUCUCUCCGCACGAUUGGCAUCCGGUGAAUGCGGACAAUCGCCGGUUCUAUGAGGAGAUCAUGGGCACCUCCGAAAUGCUUGUCAUUGACAAUGGCAACGCCGCCUAGCAAAACUGCAUAGUGCCUAACCUACUCAUUAUUUUUUUACUUUUUAUUUUUUUGAUAUUGUACUUAAGCGAUGGACCUGCAGCUCAGGUCGAACUGAACCCAAUUCUGUGCAUUGAACAGCUGAAAUAUUUUAGACCAAAAGCUAUUUCGUUUUUAUUGAAUGUACUGAUAUUUCCCAAAUCUAGUUAUAGAGAACAAUUAACUGGUGAUAUUUGUAGUUGCAUAUAUAUGUUAGAUAUACGUACAUAUAUCUGUAUGAAUAAAACAGCAAAGAGC